GAAGGGGGCGGUCCUGGACCAUGAUCCCCACCCCGCGGCACCAGCACGUGGGCUCGCACGGGCCCUUCAGCGACGUGUACGAGCCGGCCGAGGACACCUACCUGCUGCUGGACGCGCUGGAGCGGGACGCGGCCCAGAUCAGAGAGGCAGGGUGCGAGCUGGGGGGAGGGAAAGAACCAGCGAGAGGCCGAGUUGAGAUCUCCCUUGAAGUAGGAGCUGGAUCAGGUGUGGUUUCAACAUUUCUGGCUUCCAUUGUUGGACCCAGUGCAUUGUACAUAUGUACAGAUAUCAAUCCUAUAGCAGCUUCUUGUACCUUGGAGACAGCUGUACUUAACAAAGUUCACAUUCACCCAGUAAUUACUGACUUGGUCACAGGAUUGUUACCAAGAUUAAAUGGGAAAGUUGAUCUACUACUAUUUAAUCCACCGUAUGUGGUAACCCCUUCUGAAGAGGUAGAAAGCCAUGGAAUAGAGGCAGCCUGGGCUGGAGGCAAAAAUGGCAGAGAAGUAAUGGAUAGACUUUUUCCUUUAGUGCCAGACCUGCUUUCAACAGGAGGAUUAUUCUAUUUAGUUACAAUUAAAGAGAACAACCCAGAUGAAAUUUUGGAAACAAUGAAGAAAUACGGUUUAAGAGGUACUAGAGUACUUUCUAGACAAGCAGGAAGAGAAACUCUCACAAUUCUUAAAUUCAGCAAGUCCUGAUGACUGCUCUUAAAUCUUUAAACGUCUUCAGCCAUGGAAGUUAAACACAAAUGGUGUUACAAUGGUCAGGCUAUUUUGUGACU